UCAGAAUUUAAAUAUAUCUUUACUCCCCCCUUAUUAUUUUUUCUGAAAAAGGGGGUUGAGGAAACAUUUCAAGGAAGGAGAAAGUUUUAAAGAAGGAGAGUUCUUUUAAUUUAUGGGACUUUCCCCCUUUUUUUUUCCUGAGGUGAUUUGAAGGGGGGGAGAGCUUUGUGUGUGUGUGAGAGAGAGAGAGAGAGGGAAGGGGGGUUGCCCCCCCUUCUGCUUUUCUCUGUGUUCCCCCACCCCCCUCCUCCAGCACCACCAUGGCUUCCCCUCUGAGGGAGGACGAGGAAGAGGAGGAGGAGAUGGUGGUGUCUGAGGUGGAGGGGGAUGAAGACGAAGAGGAGGAAGAGGAGGAGGAAGAAGGAGCAGGGGACAACAGCCCAGGCGACAUAUUCCCGCCUGCUGUUCUGGCUGAGGCUGCUCCACUGACACCAACAGCAUCCACGCCAGCAGCAGCUGAAGGGACUGAGGCGCCUCCAGACGAAGAGGAGGAGUUGCGGAACUUGGAGAGUCCUCUUGUUGUCAAGAAGAAGAAACGAGGGCCCAAAAAGCAGAAGGAGAACAAGCCAGGGAAACCCAGGAAGCGCAAAAAAUUAGUCAGCGAGGAUGAGUUUGAGUCAGACCGAGAGGAGUAUCGGGCCAAGUCAGAGAGCGGUGGCAGCGAUUAUGGGGGCGUGGGGAAGAAAAAGCGAAGAAAGCAUCGGGAGAAGAAAGAGAAGAAGACAAAACGGCGGAAAAAGUCAGAAGAAGAUGGAGUGCAAAAGCCAAAGGUGGAGCAGAAAUCCUCUGCUCAACUGCUCAUGACUUGGGGGCUGGAGGAUGUAGAUCAUGUCUUCACCGAAGAGGACUAUCACACCCUGACGAAUUACAAAGCUUUCAGCCAAUUCAUGAGGCCGCUAAUUGCCAAAAAGAACCCCAAGAUUCCGAUGUCCAAAAUGAUGACGAUCAUGGGAGCCAAGUGGCGGGAGUUCAGUGCCAACAACCCCUUCAAAGGGUCGACAGCAGCGGUGGCCGCCGCCGCCGCCGCCGCUGCCGCCGCCGUAGCGGAGCAGGUGUCGGCUGCAGUGUCGGCCGUGACCGCCUCACCUGAGCCACAAGGAGCACCACCUCUGCUGCCGCCUCCUCCGCCUCUUCCACUCCGCAAAGCCAAAACCAAAGAAGGCAAAGGCCCAGGCCACAAGAAGCGGAGCAAGAGCCCGCGCGUCCCAGAGAUGAAGAGGAAGAUGAAGGGGAAGAAGAUGGCACCGCUGAAGAUCAAGCUGGGAAUGAUCGGGGGCAAGCGCAAGAAGAGCAGCUCCCAUUUGUUUCAGAGUGACGAGGUGGGAGAGCCUGAAGAGGAAUCUGACCUCGACAACUCCAGUGUCCACAGUUCCUCCGUGCGCUCGGACAGUUCUGGGAGGGUCAAGAAACUCAAGCGGGGCAGGCCUGGCCGGAAGAAGAAAAAAGUUGCUGGUGAAGAAGAGGCGGACGGCUACGAGACAGACCACCAAGACUACUGUGAGGUGUGUCAGCAGGGCGGGGAGAUCAUCCUCUGCGACUCAUGUCCCAGAGCUUAUCACCUGGUGUGCCUGGAUCCGGAGCUAGACAAGGCCCCCGAGGGCAAGUGGAGCUGCCCCCACUGUGAAAAAGAAGGGGUGCAGUGGGAGCCGAAGGAGGAGGAGGAAGAGGAGUUCGGAGGGGAGCUGGACGAUGGCGAGAAGGAGGAGGAGGACGACCACAUGGAGUACUGCCGCGUCUGUAAGGAUGGUGGCGAGCUCUUGUGCUGUGACGCCUGCAUCUCCUCCUACCACAUCCAUUGCCUCAACCCGCCACUCCCCGAGAUCCCCAACGGGGAAUGGUUGUGUCCCCGCUGCACGUGUCCCAUGCUAAAGGGCCGUGUGCAGAAAAUUCUCCACUGGCGAUGGGGGGAGCCUCCGACACCGGUUGCUGUCCCCCCUCCUCCUGACGGCAACCCAGAGGACCCUCCGCCGAAAUCUCUGCAGGGGCGUUCGGAGCGCGAAUUCUUUGUCAAAUGGGUCGGCCUGUCCUAUUGGCACUGCUCCUGGAUCAAGGAAUUACAGCUUGAGAUCUUCCACCUGGUGAUGUACAGGAAUUACCAACGCAAGAAUGACAUGGACGAGCCCCCGCCCCUUGAUUAUGGCUCUGGCGAAGAUGAUGGCAAAAGUGAGAAGAGGAAGAACAAGGAUCCUCUGUAUGCUGAGAUGGAGGAGAAAUUCUACCGCUAUGGCAUCAAGCCUGACUGGAUGAACAUCCAUCGCGUUAUAAACCACAGCAUUGACAAAAAGGGCAAUUACCACUACCUGGUUAAAUGGCGUGACCUUUCCUAUGACCAGUCCACGUGGGAGGAGGAUGAGAUGUCAAUUCCCGACUACGAAUAUUCCAAACAGGCCUAUUGGCUGCAUAGAGAGCUGAUUAUGGGUGAAGAUCCUGCCCAGCCCAGGAAGUAUAAGAAGAAGAAAAAGGAACUGACAUCGGAGGAUCCGCCAAACUCUCCCACCAAUGACCCGACAGUGAAAUACGAAAGCCAGCCGCGCUUCAUCACCUCGACGGGAGGCACGCUGCACAUGUAUCAGCUGGAAGGCCUCAACUGGCUGCGGUUCUCCUGGGCCCAGAGCACAGACACCAUCCUGGCAGACGAGAUGGGUCUCGGCAAGACCAUCCAAACCAUUGUCUUUUUGUACUCGCUCUACCGGGAGGGCCACACCAAGGGACCUUUCCUGGUCAGCGCCCCGCUGUCCACCAUCAUCAACUGGGAGCGAGAAUUUCAGAUGUGGGCGCCCAAUUUCUACGUGGUGACCUACACAGGGGACAAGGACAGCCGCUCCAUCAUCCGCGAGAACGAGUUUUCCUUUGAGGACAAUGCCAUUAAGGGCGGAAAGAAGGCCUUCAAAAUGAAGGCAAAAGCUCAGGUGAAGUUCCACGUCCUCCUUACCUCCUAUGAGCUGGUCACCAUUGACCAGGCUGCCUUGGCGUCCAUCCGGUGGGCCUGUCUCGUCGUGGAUGAAGCUCACCGGCUCAAAAACAACCAGUCCAAGUUCUUCAGGGUGUUAAACGGUUAUAAGAUUGACCACAAGCUGCUUCUCACUGGGACCCCCUUGCAAAACAAUCUGGAGGAGCUGUUCCACCUGCUGAAUUUCCUCACUCCUGAGAGAUUCAACAACCUGGAAGGCUUCCUGGAGGAGUUUGCUGACAUUUCCAAGGAGGACCAGAUCAAAAAGCUCCAUGACCUCCUGGGUCCCCAUAUGUUGCGCCGCCUCAAGGCCGAUGUCUUCAAGAACAUGCCGGCCAAGACGGAGCUCAUUGUCCGGGUGGAGCUCAGCCCCAUGCAGAAGAAAUACUAUAAAUACAUCUUGACCCGCAACUUUGAAGCUUUGAACUCGCGUGGCGGUGGGAACCAGGUGUCCUUACUCAACAUCAUGAUGGACCUGAAGAAAUGCUGUAACCACCCUUACCUCUUCCCGGUUGCUGCAAUGGAAUCCCCCAAGCUGCCAAGUGGUGCCUACGAAGGAGGUGCUCUCAUCAAGUCCUCUGGCAAACUAAUGCUGUUACAGAAGAUGCUGAGGAAGCUGAAAGAGCAGGGUCACAGAGUGCUCAUCUUCUCCCAGAUGACAAAAAUGCUGGACCUUCUCGAGGAUUUCCUUGACUAUGAAGGCUACAAGUACGAACGCAUUGAUGGGGGCAUUACAGGAGCCCUGCGGCAAGAGGCCAUCGAUCGGUUUAAUGCUCCCGGGGCCCAGCAGUUCUGCUUCCUGCUCUCCACACGGGCAGGUGGGCUGGGUAUCAACUUGGCCACCGCAGACACCGUGAUCAUCUUUGAUUCGGACUGGAACCCGCACAAUGACAUUCAGGCCUUCAGCAGAGCGCAUCGCAUUGGCCAAGCGAACAAGGUGAUGAUCUACCGCUUCGUGACACGGGCCUCGGUGGAGGAACGGAUUACGCAGGUGGCGAAGCGGAAGAUGAUGCUGACUCACCUGGUGGUCCGCCCAGGCCUGGGCUCCAAGUCGGGCAGCAUGUCCAAGCAGGAAUUGGACGAUAUCCUCAAGUUCGGCACGGAGGAGCUGUUCAAGGAUGAAAAUGAAGGCGAGAACAAAGAGGAGGACAGCAGCGUCAUCCACUACGACAACGAAGCCAUCGCGCGGCUGCUGGACCGUAACCAGGACGCCACCGAUGACGCGGACGUCCAGAAUAUGAACGAGUACCUCAGCUCCUUCAAAGUGGCGCAGUACGUGGUUCGGGAAGAGGACAAGAUUGAGGAGAUUGAGCGGGAGAUCAUCAAGCAGGAGGAGAACGUGGACCCCGACUACUGGGAGAAGCUCUUGCGGCACCACUACGAGCAGCAGCAGGAGGACCUGGCCCGCAACCUGGGCAAAGGGAAGCGGGUGCGCAAGCAGGUCAACUACAACGACGCGGCCCAGGAGGACCAAGAUAAUCAGUCCGAGUACUCAGUGGGCUCUGAAGAGGAGGACGAAGACUUUGAUGAGAGGCCGGAAGGUCGCCGGCAAUCCAGACGGCAGCUUCGGAAUGAGAAGGACAAGCCUCUCCCGCCACUCCUGGCACGGGUCGGUGGGAACAUUGAGGUGCUGGGGUUCAACACCCGCCAACGCAAGGCCUUCCUGAAUGCUGUGAUGCGCUGGGGCAUGCCUCCACAAGACGCCUUCACCUCCCAGUGGCUGGUCCGGGAUUUGCGGGGCAAGACGGAGAAAGAAUUUAAGGCGUACGUCUCUCUGUUCAUGAGACACCUGUGCGAGCCUGGGGCUGACGGCUCAGAGACGUUUGCCGAUGGGGUGCCGAGGGAGGGCCUCUCAAGGCAGCAGGUCCUGACGCGGAUAGGGGUCAUGUCUCUGGUAAAGAAAAAGGUGCAAGAGUUUGAACAUAUCAACGGCCGCUGGAGCAUGCCUGAAUUGAUGCCUGACCCCAGCGCCGACUCCAAAAAGUCUUCCAGGGCGUCGUCCCCCACAAUCAAAACUUCUACCACCACUCCAGACCCCAGCUGCACCAAUACUCCUUGCACCUCCAAGCCAGCUACCCCGGCUCCGAGUGACAAAGGGGACGGGGGGAUCCUGGCAGAAAAGGAGGAUCCAGAGGCCAAAGACGAGAAGCUGGAGAAGGAAGCCAAAGGUUGCGAGAAAAUGGAGACCGAGCCUCCAGCCCCAGAGCAGCCCACCACAUUCUCAGGGGAAAAAGCAGAGCCGGAGUCAUCCAAGAAGCCUGAGGAAGAGGGCCCGAUGGCACUGGGAGAGAAAGAGCCAGAAGCAGAGCCUGCAGUCAAGGAAGAGAAAGAGAAAUUGGUUCCAGAUGCAGAUCCAGAGAAACCCGUGGCUGAUGAGAAACCCACAGAGAAUGAUGAGAGUAGGGAGAAGCCUGAGGCGGAGAUUCAGGAGGCGAAGAAAGAAGAGGCGAAAGCCGAGAGGGAGGCGGGGAAGGAGCCCAGAGCCAGCAGCGUCAAAGACGAGAACCGGAACAACGGCAAGAAGGAGGACAAGUCUGAGAAGCCCCGGUUCAUGUUCAACAUUGCUGACGGGGGCUUCACGGAACUCCACACCUUGUGGCAGAACGAGGAGCGAGCUGCAAUCUCCUCCAGUAAGCUUAAUGAGAUCUGGCACCGCCGCCAUGAUUACUGGCUCCUGGCUGGCAUCGUCCUACACGGCUACGCGCGCUGGCAGGAUAUCCAGAAUGACAACCAGUUUGCCAUCAUCAAUGAGCCUUUUAAGUCUGAAGCCAACAAGGGCAACUUCUUGGAGAUGAAGAACAAGUUCCUGGCCAGAAGGUUCAAGCUCCUCGAGCAAGCCCUGGUGAUUGAGGAGCAGCUGCGCAGGGCUGCCUACCUGAACAUGACGCAGGACCCCAGCCACCCGGCCAUGGCCCUCAACACCCGCUUUGCCGAGGUGGAGUGUCUGGCCGAGAGCCACCAGCACUUGUCCAAGGAGUCUUUGGCUGGCAACAAGCCUGCCAACGCCGUCCUACACAAGGUGCUGAACCAGCUGGAGGAGCUUCUGAGCGACAUGAAGGCGGAUGUGACACGCCUCCCGGCCACGCUUUCCCGCAUCCCUCCAAUUGCUGCCCGCCUCCAGAUGUCUGAACGCAGCAUCCUCAGCCGCUUGGCGAGCAAAGGGAAUGAGACUCAGACUGCCCCGGCCUUCCCCCCUGGGCCCUAUGCCACCCCUCCUACCUUUGGGGGCUCCUUUGCUGCCACCGCUGGCGGGACGCUGCCCACCGUGGGCGCCAACUACAGCCAAAUGCCAACCGGCUCCUUCAUCACAGCCAAUGGCCCCCCUGUGAUUGUGAAGAAGGAGAAGGAAGGGGAGAGCCUGGAGAAGAAAGAGGCGAAAAGCGGGGAGGUGAUUUGCAUAGACGACUAAGGGGGGUGCACCUGGGCUAGCUUGCCCAGCUGGUCACUUCUGGACAGGUCCUGCCUCUGGCAGAAGGGACGCACGGCCCUCAAGCCUCUCCUCUUUUUAUUUUCCGAUCACGUCGAUGGGGGCAGGGUGUAGGGAGGGGGUGUGAAUAACGCCCACCUCAGCACUCCCCUGCCUUUGAUUGAGCUGCUGUUCCCAAGCCCCUCCCUUUCUCCUGGGAUUCGGGAGGCAGAUCUCUAAAUCAGUCGGCUUUGAACAACAGAGAGUUGUUUGGGAGCCCGGACACCCCCUGGAUUCUGCUCCUGGCUUGAGGCUAUAGUGGCAGGAGGAGCAGGAGGGGAAUUAGAACCCCAGGCUUCCAGGGCUCCAUCUUCAGAGUGCCCUGCCUGUGACAGGGGAGGGGGCGCGGCCUGCCUUGUGGCAGUGGCCCCCAGCAGUGUUGAAUCUUUGAGAAGCACUGCAAAGUGACUCUAUAAAUAUGAAUAUAUAUAUAAUGUAUACACACUCAUCCUGUAUGCUUAACCCCCUUCCCACUUGUGCUUGAACCCCCUGCGGGGCAAUAAAGGGGCAGACUGGGGAGGGGGGGCACACUCCCUAGCCAUGUUCUGUUCUGAGAACGCAUUGGGGUGGGGAGCAACCCCCCCCCCACCUUCCUGUAUCUGGAAAACAGGGAGCUGGACUUGGGAGGCGUGCCCUCCCAGGAGUGUCCCCUGCGCUGUGGGGGUGGUGGGGCUGUCUCUCCCUUCUUGCUACCCUCAUCCUUGAAAGCAAGUCUGUCUGGGGGGUGGGGUAGGCGCAACGGCAGGGCCAAGCUGCACUCCUGGAUUUGUUGCCGAAUCUCAAGUCACUUCUUGUUUAAACCUUGCAGAAUAAAGGCACUGUUUCCUUGGCUACAUAACC